UCUAUGUACCAUUGUACACCUCAUCGUAUAUUAGUCAACAUUAAUAUAGUAUAAAUACACCGUAUUAUAUCUACAUCACUAGUGUUUACAUUAGACGACUUAUUAAAAACACACAAAAUCAUAAUCAACAUUUUCAAGUGCUGCUGUACCUAAUUGCGUGAUCUUGCUCUGUGUUUUAAAUUUAAUUAUCCUUUCGUUUUGACACUUUGUUUUUAUUUGUUUAAAAUUUGAAACUUGACCGUUAUUAUGUCUGUUUUGAUAAUCGUAAUUUUUAUUUUAAUAAUUUUCUUAUUGUAUAUCAAACGAAUACGUUUUGUGCGCGGAUUUGCCAAUAUACCGGGUCCUGCUGCUAUACCAAUUUUCGGAAAUGCUCUUCAGCUCACCGGAUCUCAAACAGAAUUCUUCAGGCUAAUGCUCGAAUAUUCGGAAAAAUACCGGGAUAUGUUUCUUUUAUGGGUUGGACCACGACCGUUUGUCUUUCUUUAUCAAGCAGAUGCUAUUCAACCUUUGCUCAAUUCAAGCGUACAUAUCGAAAAAAGCUUGGAAUACAAACUAACAGAACCUUUUCUUGGCACAGGAUUAGUUACCAGUACAGGACAGAAAUGGCAUUCGCAGAGAAAAUUAUUGACACCUGUUUUCCAUUACAAUAUGCUCGAAAAUUACCUUCAAACAGUAAUGACAGAAAGUAACAUUUUAGUGGAACAACUUCAAAAAGAAGUCAGCAAUGGUUCAUUUGAUAUUGUACCAUACAUGAAACUAGCUGCAAUGGACAUUAUUUGCAAAUUGACGUUAGGAUAUCAAUUAGAUUCUCAAACCAGUUCAAAUUUGGAAUACGUUCACGCGAUUGAAGAGCUGAUGUCAAUCAUGCAAAGAAGAUUCAUCACACCUUGGCUGAAACCUAAUAUUUUAUUCAAUUGCACAUCGUAUGCAGUCAGGCAACAAAAAUGUCUCGAUAUUCUUAAUGAAUUUUCCAGGAAGAUUAUACAAAAGAAAAAAGAAGAAUAUCACGAUCUUCAAAAAAAUAAAUCAACGUUGGACAUUAACUCGAACAUUCUGCAAAGAAAGAAGGGUAAAGUAUUCUUGGAUUUACUUAUUGAAAUAUCAGAAAAUGAAUCACGUUUAACCGACAGCGAACUUAUGGAAGAAGUAAACACCUUCAUAUUUGCUGGUCACGACACCACCUCUACCACAGUUUCAUGGUGUUUAUAUGCAUUGGGAUUCCAUCCCGAAAUUCAAGAAAAGAUUUUGCAAGAAUUGGACGAAAAAAUACCAGAUUUCGGAAAAUGUCCGCUAAAAACAUCAGAUAUGAUAAGUUUAGAAUAUUUAGAAUGUUGCGUCAAAGAAGUUCUAAGACUUUACCCACCAGUUCCUUUAAUCGCUAGACACGUAACAACACCAUUAGAAUUACCAAAUCAAGUAAUUCCACCCGGCACUAGCGUUUUAGUCAACGUAUACUCGUUACACAGAGAUCCUGAAAACUUUCCAGAUCCAAAUGCAUUCAAUCCAGACCGUUUUUUGACGGGAGAAUUAGCGAAUAAAAAUCCUUUUUCGUACAUUCCUUUUAGUGCUGGUCCUCGCAACUGUAUUGGUCAAAAAUUAGCCAUGCAAAUGAUCAAAAUAAUUUUAUGUAAUAUCAUUAAGAAUUAUAAAAUAAGAACAACUGAAAAAGAAGAAAGUUUGAAAUUAUUUUCCGAAGUCGUUCUCGUCAACGAAAAUGGUAUCCACAUCGCUAUUGAAAGGAGGUGAAUUUACUAAAUAAAUGAGCUUAUUUCAAGUGUAAAGUAUUCUUAAUAUUUAAGAUGUUAAUUUUUUGUAUUGUGUACGUUGUACACUUUUUCCGUAAUAUGUAAGUACCUAAUGUGUAUAUUUGAGACUCGAGUAAUGUUUUCAUAUAAGAAUUAUAACGCUUCGAGUUACUUUGUAACGACGAUAUUUCAUUUACGAAUAUUUAAGCUGAUGUCACAAAUUGAAUGUAAAUAUUGCAAUCAUUUAAAUUUCUACUGGUCAAUGAUUCGUUCGUAAUUAGAAUAAAUUUUAAAAAUAAUGUUUAUCAAAACAAA